AUGGCUCUGAUGCUCGCACCAUACAACAGCGCUAUGCGCUUAGGCAUGGGCUUCAACUCUUAUACACAGACUCUUUGCGUCAAUGACGUCGUCCGCAAGCCGGGGAAUAUACCUGCUACUGACGGAGAUUUACGCGCGAAAGUGCUGACUGAAAAGACCGAUGCUGUCGGGCGACCCAGACAGCUGACUGUGGGCGGUGAAAGCAAUUCGCCUCAGGCCGUCCUUGAAGGAUCAAGCGGCUCCAUGUCAAGAAGUUUCGCUGAUGGCCAGAAAGAGGUCAGCCAGGUUGUGAGUUGGACUGCAGAGUUUGUGAACGAUAGUUCAGAAGUUCUUGACAAGCUGGAUGUCAGCGGUGCACUCACGAUCAAGAUGGCCAGCCUGGGCAAGCUCUCUGGUCAUGCAAGCUUCGUUGACUCGACCGAGAUGAAAAAGGCUGACGUAAACUACUUCAUACAUGUCAGGGUCACCAACCAGCGCUUAGUCGCUGACAAUGUCACCGAGUUUUGCCCGAUUGACCACAUUGACCCUGGGCAAUUCACUGAGAUAUACGGCGAUUGCUUCAUCUCAGGGUUCAUCGAGGGUGGAGAGUUUGAUGCAGUAAUCUCCGUCACCACGGCAGAUACGAUCAAAAAGUGGAAUCUCAACGGCGGGCUUGAGCUCGAGGCGAAGAUCAGUGGCAUUGAUGUUGCAGGCAAAGUCGAAGGCGGAAAGACUGAUGAUAAAACAUUCAAGAACGCAAAAACAACAAUCAGCGUCAAAUGGUCUGGUGGAGGCGAUAUCAGAGACGAUAAAAUCACGAACUGGGAUCUGGAGAGCUUGAAGAAGGUAGCCAUGAUCUUUCCGGAUGCAGUUGCUGCGUGUAAUGCCAUUCUCACCAAAUACACCUCUUUGCGCAGUUAUCAUGAGCAGACUCGAAAAGGGUCUCCGCUCGAUUACGAAAACGCUGGUGUGUACACUGCGUCGCUGUACGAUGCAUACACAUCCUACAAGAUGAUGUGGAAGGAUAUUCAGACUAUGCUGGAUCGUCUGAACAAGAACAAUAUUGUGCUUUAUAUGCAAAAGGAAUCUGAUGGCCUCAAGCGAUUCACUGCGCGUUAUCUCGGAACGGAGAAGCCAAAAGAGUCAGACGCCAAGAACGAGCAGAGCUCGACAGCGCUGUCGAUAGUGUCGAAUACAGAAAAGACUGUGCAGCCAGUAGGGAAGAAAGUCCCUGCAAACAAGCUUGAGCUCUACUUCCCAGAUGUCUACGGCCUGGAAAUAGCAGCUACCGAUUGCCGUUUCGAGAUGAUCAAGAUCGUGAGGGAAGUGGAUGCGGUUACAAAGGAUCCCAAAGUAGCUUGCGAUCCGGAACGAGUAUCUCAAUUUCUCAGUCCGAAUAUCUUCCGAUUACUCCUUCCAACAGCCGACCCAGAGAGCCCACCAACCAUGGAAAAGUGGAAAAGUACAACGGCGGAACUCAAAAAGAAUCAAGAAGAACUGGAGAAGAAGAACGAUGAGAUUGAAAUGAUCAAGAAAAAGCUUGAAUCUGCCUUGAUUACACCCGAGAAAGCUCAGAACGAGGAUCUCUCUGCUAAUGCUGCUGGCGAUGUCUCUCAACUCCAUCCUCGGGUUCAAUCAUCCUUGUCUCAAUAUGCGUACCAAGCGGGAGACUAUCGUAUGCAAAACGUUUCAAGGGACCAUGACAUCAUAUCUACUGGGGCUGCCUUCUUUAACGAUCUCGAGCACCUUACGCCCGGAAUGCGCCCUACAGAAUUGCAGCUAUGGUGCAACGAUCAAGCGCUUCAAGGUAUCUGCAUCAAAUAUGGACAAAAGAUCGAGAAAUCCAACGGGAAGAGAGAUGGCAAUCCUCAGCAUGUGUUGCAACUCCAAUUCGAUGAAGUCAUCACCGAGCUCGAAGUCUACGUCGCCAGAACCCCAGCGCACAAGCUCUCAGUGACUGGCCUUACCGUUGCAACUUCGAAAUGUAAUAUCAUGACCGCCGGCGUCAAAUCUGGUGGGAAGAAACACAGCUUCGCCAUGGCUGAUCACAGUCAAUGGUCGUUCCGUGGCUUCUUCGGCUUCACCUUUGCUGAUGGUUUUGAGGACCUCGGGGUCAUCUGGGGUAAGGAUAUCUCUCCUGAGCAGACAAACGCUGUUCCAAGAGCACCAACCAAUAACCUGCUCAAAAUGGGCCCGUCUCUCCAAGAAAAGACCAAAAAGGUCAUGUCGGAGACGAAACCAACCGAGAGCUUCUACUUGGGCGACUGCGUGAGCACAGGAAUUGCAUCUUCAACGGUUACCACCUUUUCCUCAUUGGACACGAUCUCUGCAGCAUCCAAAAUCAACAAGAUAUCUUUCUGCAGAUCAUCGGGCAGUUUGAGUGGUCUGAAGGUAGACUACACCGAUGGCAAGAACGCGACCCAUGGCGCGUACGAUGAGAAACUGGAACCAUGGAGCUGCGAAGUCAAAGCCCCCAUCGUUGCGGCCAAACUGAGUGUUUCUAAGACAAUCAGUAAGCCGAACCCGUUCCUUGAUACGGUGGAACUCGUCUGUGGCGAGGCCAACGGCGGAUUACCCAUCUGGCCACUCGACGUUGUGACUAUUCGUUGCCUGGGCGACCACUCAGUAGAAGACCAAAUGGAAGUCGUCUCUGUGCUGGCUGAACAAGCUCCGAAACUUGGACGAGCGAAUUGGACCUUGCGUGGAUUCUACGGGGAACAAAGUGGAGAAGUCAUCACACGACUCGGAUUGAUAUGGGGUAGCUCUUGA